ACUAGAUGAAUUACUGUCUUGUCAAUCCUACGGGGACCUGAUAUUAUUCUUUCACUGCUGAUAGCUGUGGUUCCUCUGUGGCAUGAAAGAAGGCAGAUACUUUGUAAAUCUUGUUACUGAACUAAUUCUUAUCUAAUCUGUCAUUAAUUAAAAAAAUCCAAAUAGUGUUUCUCUAUUUCAGCAAUGCUUCCAGUAAAAACUUCAAAGGCCAACUCCUGACAUUAACCUUUACUGGAAGUACAUUCAGCUUGAUGCACACAGUAACCUUCAUGUAUAGCGCAAACAGAAGAAACAGUUCAUUACUGGCUCUACAAGAACUAUAAGACUUCAGAAUGUCCAGUUGUAUUGAUUCAAAAACAAUGCUGAGGCAGAUGCAAAGAAGGUGUUACUGAAGUCUGUUUCAGCUGAACAAAAUGGCAGCUUUUGCCACUGAGCAAAUUUUCACUGAAAGAGAAGAAAGAUAUCUUUUGACGCUUGUUUUCAGCUCAACAAUCCGCUGGAAUGAAACCGCAGGUAGUCACCAUGAAUGGCCAAAGCGAAGGAUCAUCAAGAUAGAAGUGUCCAACCUGAAAUCAUCUACUCUGACUUGGUGCCAGAUAAAAUCCUUGGCAGCCUGCUUACCUUCUCUCCAGUGUGGGCCUCAAGCAGACGAUGAGCAUUUUGACGAAAUGUGGCACAACGAAAUGUUUAAUGUGCGUCAAUUCAGCACAACGUCCCAGCUGAACUUAAUCCCACCCUCAGCAGAAACAGCUGGAGCCAAGAUGAGGGGUUGGAGGCAUCACCAGCCGGACAGCAGCCAGUCAUCUGUGGUGGUGACACCUGUCCAUCCAGAUGAGAUUGACGUACAGACCCUGGCUAACACCAACAAUCACUUCAACUUCAUGGAGUUUGAGGGGAUGAAAUCUGUGAGAAUCACCGCCUGUGUCCACUCACCUGAUGGACGAGAGAGUCAGAGGCAGUGGAGAGUGUCUGAUUAUAAUCUGCAGGGUCACAUGAUCCUGUCUGUGAUCUGCUCUCUGACCACGGACAUACAGCAAUGAGGAGAGAGGGCUGGCGGAACAAGAGGAGAGCAGGGUGACUCUCUGAGCAGAGGCAGAGAAUUUUAUUGUAAAUGUGAGCAUUUUAGUUGGUAGUUAGUAGUAACCUGAAGUAAUUGUAUUUGGCCACUUGGGGGCAGGAGAAAGAACCUGUAAACAAAACACUGGCACAUUAUCACCAAUAAAGAUAAU